AUGGCAGCCCAAAAGGAUUACUACGCCGACCUUGGGAUGCCGCGUGAUGCGGACAUUGAAGCAAUCAAGAAGCAGUAUCGGAAGUUGGCGUUAAAAUAUCAUCCCGAUAGGAAUAGUGGCAACGAAGACGAAGCUAUUGCCAAGUUUCAAACCAUUCAAGAGGCUCACGAGAUCCUCUCGGAUCCAACCUCAAAGGCAAAAUAUGACGCUACUCUGGGAAAAAGCCGAUAUCCUGGGGCCUCAGGUGUGAGGGGAAACCCUUGGGCCGAUGUUGGCCAACAGUUUCCCACGCCUCCACGACGAACAACGGCCGCGAGAAACGCAACCUCAGGAGCACAGCGGUGGCAGACAAGAUUCUCGAGCGGGGUGCCUCCCACGGCAAAACAAACUUUUGGAUCCGAUCCAAAUGCGAAAAAGAACGCUGCCAAGGCGUUUGAGAACAUGCGCAAGAAUGCACGAGGCGAACCUCGUCCAUCUGAGCCGCCGCCACCGCCUCCACGACAACCACCAAGAACGGAAUCGGCGAGACAACGACAGGAAGCCUCUUUCGGCUCCAGGAAGUCUGGCUACUAUCCUCGGUCGACUAUGCCUGGAGACGAGCCCCCUGUAUCAAACGCAAAUUACACCAAUUCUGAACGACGGAAUGUACCACAGCCCCCACAUCGAAAGCCAGUGCCAAACCCAAUGUCCGAUCCGUUAAGCCAGUUUAGGGAGAAAGGCGGCUCGUCUGAUUCACGUCACGGUACGCCUUACACUUCUCGUGGAGGGGAAAAGAUAGAUCCCUUUGCCGGGGUGCCGUUAGGCCGCGCUAAGAACGUUCGCGAUGGCAACCAUGCUGACGAGGGAUCUGCUUCAGAUGACAAUCAGCGCAGCUACGGUGUUCCAAGACGACCGUCUCAAGAAGAGCGGGAUGCAAAUCUUCGAGUACCGAAAGAUGGAAGUCAACAUUCUCAAAGUGCGGACGAGGGUACGGGGACGUAUACCAAUACGUCCUCUAAGUCACGGGCGGACGCGAGAUUCGACGCCGUUCCUGCAAACGAGACUGCCAAAUCUCCUAUGGAGGAUAAUCCAACGAGCAACAAGGAUGAACCUACAAUGCUUAUCAACAAUAAGGAAGGUCUUCCAUGGCUCUCCGAAGAAAAAGGAUACAUUUUGUCGACGGAUAACUACACAGAUACAUCGAAACAUGUACAAGCGGCUAACCGAACCCGAUCACAUAGCUUCAACUUCCCUAUAAACGAUGACACUUUUGCAGAGACUCCAAACGCGCCUGGCGGACAUGGCUUCGCGAAGAGUAGUCUUGAUGACAUAAAUACCAGUUUUGUCAAGGACGACAACUCGAACACUUAUCAGUUCAAUGCCGGCACGACUGAAGAGGCCGCCAAUGUGGGUUUUAUGCCCUCUCCGCGUACUCAACGAGCUCGUCGCUCGGCGGUCAAGCGUCCAACCACGCGCCCUAGUGAUAGUGCUAAUACAACCUCUCGUGCUACGCAGGUCGAGAGUGGUUUUAAUCCCGAUGGAUGGAGCGACAAAUUCGAUGCUCAGACGUUUGUCCCACAGCCACAACCUGGCCCGUCUGCUUCGCCAACACGCGCUAGCCGCACCAACUCUAGGAAAACAAAGAUUAGGCCGACGGCAGGGACAGCAGCGACAGUUGAAGAAAGCAGUAGCGAAGACGAGACCUACGAAUGGCGCGGAAGAAAUGCACAGGCGCAAGGGCAGGCGCCGGCGACUGACAGCCCGCAGGCUAUGGAUAUCGAUUCGCCGAUGUCCUCUGUUGCAUCUGCAACUCAAACGGCACGAAACAUCCCAGUCGAGCCAUCUCGACCAGAAUGGCGUGCCGGGAAAGCAGCCGGCGGCAUGGCUAACGAUGAGAAGCCACAGCGACCGGCAAAAGUUCCCCUGGAUGAAAAUGCUGCGGGCUCAGAAGAUAGUGAAGAGUUUAGGGCGAAUUUUGCAGACCUUAAGAACGUGCCGCCCUUCUCUCAGCAAAAAGAAGGUCUCGAGUCCUUCAACGGAAUGAGGGAUAAUUUACCUUUCGAGAGCAAAGCAUCUGACGGUCCACGAGUCAAGGUACCAAGACCUGUGCCUUUGGAGUUCCCUUCAGUCCCCCUGGCACCCCGUCUACCUCCCACAGUCGCUAUCGACGGGAUGAAACCAAACACUGCCUCCUGGAUGAAAUAUGUUACCGAAUUUGAAAGUUACUUGCGGCAAUGGGACACGUUCAACGGGCUGGUUGUCGAUCAUUUUGCUACUAGAAAGUUGCUGAUUGAGAACACGAGAGCAAGCAAGGGUUAUGGCUUUUUGGCAGCUCGGGGAGAUGCUGAUUUACAAGCGUAUUAUAGCUGGGUUCAGCAGGAUAACGAUGUGCGACGACAAUGGACGAGUGUCUGUCAGGAGCAUGAAUCACGGAUGCGAGAAUUUAUGGCGUUUAGAGAGAAGAUGAAGGACAGUCGCGCUUGA